ACUCGCCUCUUAUCAGAAGUCUUAACUGUGUGUAUCCGCUCUGUAGUGUCUCGACUCAAGGGUACAACGGCUGGGCCCGAUCCUCCUCCUCACCCGUCAAGUUUGGGCAGGUAACAGUAACCUGCCCGAGGUCCACGCCCUCCUGCGCCGCUGCGCACAGGAAACUCCUCAUUUAUUUGUGAACAUGCGGCUGUGUGCGACCUGCGCGCUGCUGGGACUUUUGUUUUUGACGGUCUUCGACAUAUCAGAAUGCCUACAGACGACGGUCCGACCACACAAAGGCUCGACAGUGACGGUGUCCACUGAGCUGCCGUUGGAUCAAUGUGCUGUGUGUACAGUCAGCGGGGUGAAUGACACGUCCUGCCACUCCUCUCUGUCUCUGGUACCUGAAGAGGAGGUCAAACUGCUGUUCAACUGCUCCCAGCCCAUUGAACAGGCUUACACUGUGACCAUCUCUCGGACUAUUGAGUGCACUAAGGACGCCUGCAGCCCUGUAACAGUAGAAACUCAACCCUCCAUCCUCACAGAGUUCAGCAGAACCUUGUCCUGGGAGGUGAAGGCGCCUGAGAAGACAGUUGUGGGUCUGGACAUCAUUGGAGACGGGCUGAUAAAGACGACACAACCAUGCACUAAUGGAAUUCAGUAUUCGAUGACCACAUCCAAAACAAACGCUGAGGUCUCUCAGUAUUGUCGAGGUGGUUCUAUGACUCGCUUCGACCUGACCAAUCAAGCUGUUGUGUCUCUGCAAGUUAAACCAAAUUCUCAGGUCGACUCCGUGGUGUUCCAGGCCUCCGCUGGACCACUAAAGGGCCGAACAAUGGUUAUAACCGUUGAUUCAAGCACAACUGUGGUCAUCAGCCGGGAUCCUAAGGAAGCAGAAUGUGAUGUGUGCUCAGUCGAUGGCUCGACUCCCGACUGUAGACCCACAGAGAAGACAAUGACGAACGUUGAAAGACUCUCGCUGGAGUUCAGCUGUCAGAAACCUCAGGAAGUGUACAGCGUGAAGAUGAAGAAGAAAAUAGAAUGCACCCCGAGCUCCUGUACUCCAGCUGCAGGAGAAGUUGAUCCCGAUCUCUUCAAGGACUUUAAAAGAUCCAUAACAUGGGACAUUAGUGUACCAGAGAGGACUGUUUUAACUCUGGACUUCCCUGGUGGAUUAAAGGAAAAUACUGGAGCAGAAAAUUGCGAUGAUGGCCUCCAGUACUCGGUGAGCACAACUAAAAGUGACGGAAAGACAAAAAGUAACAGCUACUGUAAGAGUGGGACAGUGUCUCAGCUGGAUCUGCUCGGAGCGACGACUGUGACUGUAGAAGUGCCCAAAGGAGUUGAACUGGACGCAUUCACUGUCAAAGCAGCACCAAGAGGUGGUAGAAUGCUGAUCGUUACGCCCGAUCCUGACACCAUCAUUACCAUCAGCCGGGUGACCAGCGAGCCAGACUGCAGUGUGUGUUUAAAAAUGGAUCCCAAACAGAAAUGCGAACCGACAUACAUCACCCUGAAAGAUCCUCGCAACACCACAGUAGAAUUUACCUGCCCCCGACCUCAGGAUGUUUUCAUUGUGGAGAUCAACAGAGAAAUUGAUUGCACAGAGACAUCCUGUUCUGGAAACAUUGGUCAGGCCGAGUCCUCGCUGUUCCCCGAUUUCAACCGGACCUUUACCUGGGAUCUGAAAGUUGUCGCUACUCGGGCCUUCCAACUGGACUUCCCCGAACCGGGAAUGCGACAGAUUCCCAAUAAGGAGACCUGCCCAGAUGAUCACACAUACUCUCUUGUUACCUAUCUGCGCACAGGGCCAGCAACCAUUGGUACCUUUUGCAAAGGAGGAACUGUGACCACCAUCCUGGCUCGCUACAAGGGCCGCAUGUCUCUGCAGGUGCCUGGUGACAGGAAGCUGGUUCCUAUUGACUUCAAACUCAAUGUUGGACCUGAGACCAGCAUGGUGGCCAUAGUGAAGGUCAACUUACCACGAGGUGUGUCUGACACAGACUUCAUCUCAGCCAACUAUCCCAGUGAUUUCCCUGAUAACCAGCAGAUGCAGUGGCACUUCACGGUGCCCGGCAUGCACAACUACACAAUGCGUUUUCGCAAUCACACAUCUCCAGAGUGCCUUAAUAAUGAAGUGGAGGUGGCGUACCAGAAGGAGGAAAAGAAGGCGAUCAAACUGACUCUGACGGACUCUCAGCCGCAGCACCAGCAGGGCAACUUCAACAUGGUGCUGAAGAACUGUGAAACCAACACGACGCUACAGGGACUCACCCUGAACUACAGAGUCUCUGUAAUGAGGAGUGGGCAUCCAGUUCUGUGUGCGGUGGAUCUAACCAAGCGCAAAGGAGUGUCCCUGCAGAUAGAGAAAGUGGGUUCUGAUCCCUACUGUGAGAUGAGCAUUAACUCUAAGGUUGAAAAGAAGAUACAUGUGGAAGCAGGCACGAAGGCCGGCCUCGCCUUCCUCGACUGUCCACAUGAAGAUGUGCGCCUGACUGCCAGUAAAGUUAUUGGGUGCCAAAAUUUGACCUCCUGCUCUGCGACUCUCCUCACUGUGCCCAGACUGGACUCCUGUCUAGCGAUGCCCCUCCACAGCUUCACCUGGCACCUCAACGUCCCUCAGGACAGCACCGUGGAACUGACGUCGCCGACAGGAAGUCUCCGACAAUCCCUGCCCGGCCAGGAGUGUAAUCAGUCUGUCUCCUUGCAUGUGGCAGAGGGCGAUGGGUUUUCUGUUGGAGAGUUCUGCUUUAAAGGAAUGAUCCAGAAAGUUCAGGUGCAAGGCAACGUCUCCGUCACAGCCACAGCCAAGGACUUCAGCAAGAUCAAGGGGCAUUUUCUCAAUGUCAACUACAGUCGGGAGAUCGCAGAGAGCAUUAUUUACAGAGUCAGUCCAAUGGAGUCAUCUCCGACCCUGCUGGCCACCCCAAACUGGCCUCAGGGUAUGAAGCCUUCGUCCACCGUAGCCUGGAUCGUCACUGUACCGAGCCAGUACCAGGCGCAUGUGCAUUUUGUCAACAUCAGCCAGCCCAAAUGCAACGACAGGCACACCGCCAUCAAGGUGAGGAUGCUGGGGGACGAUGAGGAGAUGCUGAGCCGCAGGGAGGACGAGCAGGCGGAGGACAAGUUGACAGUGCCACGAAGUUUCUAUCUCAACAUGUCCAACUGUAUUCCAGAGGAGAGAAACUUUGGUGCAGUGACUAAAAUCGUUCUGCAGAAGAAGUCCAAUCUCUUGGCCAUCUUACUCGGGAUCGCAGGAGUUCUGCUGCUGUUGCUCAUAGUGUUGGCUGUUGUGUGCUUCGUCACAAAGAAAAAGAAAAAAGACAAAAUGAACGAGGAGUCCGCCAUCUACAUGGGCAAAGGGAAUAUCUUCCGCCCGGGUGACAGUCACUUCACCAAAGCUCGGUCUGAUAACGAAUCCCACGUUUACGCCUCCAUAGAUGAGACGAUGGUGUACGGCCACCUGCUGGGUGACUCCAGCUACGCCGACAGCAUGCAGGACCACUUCAACGGGAUUCAGGUGGACUCUUAUAAGACAUUUACCGGCCCCACUGAAGCAGAGCUGCCUGUGAUCAAAGAGCCGGACCAUGAGCCUGAGAUGGAUCAGUUCAAGACGUUCCUGGACCCGUCCGAGUCUUUCCUCCCGCCCCGUCCACGCACUCCCAUCAACCGGCAGGACAGCCUCGUCUUCGAGGACCGCAGGAUGGUGGACAAUGAACUGUACACGUUCAAGAGCACAGGGGGCAUAAACACAAUCCGGCUCUCUGGUGUCGACAUGGAACCACAGCCUUCUAUUGUAACAGAGGACUCCUUGUAGUGCGUCAGGACCGUUACUUAAUUCUCGUUAGAGCGCAGAGUAUCUCUAGACUGUACUGAUGUGAACUCUGUCCCUCGAUCACACUCAGGGAAUAUGAGAUCGAUGUGCUUCUGAAUGUGGUGAAUAUGUUGUCUUUGUCAGAGCUCCACCAUUUCUAAAGUGUCAAGAGUUGAAGCUGUAAUCCUGUUCUUUACAGGAAGUUUGGUAUUUUGGAAGAUACCUUUUGUCUUCCUUGCAGAGAGUUGGAGGAGAAUAUCAAUUCUAUUCUCAAGUCUGUCCAGUUAAUAUAACCUCUCCUAAUAGCACCUCUAAAGCUCCAUAUAAGAUAAUCAGUGAGCUUUAUAGUUGCUAGGUGGAUUAUGUUACUUUUAAACAGAGCCAGGCUAGCUGUUUCCAGCCUUUGUGCAUCUUUCUGUACAAACAUGAGCAAUAUCGGUCUUCUCAUCCAACUCUCAGCAAGAAGGCAACAAAAACACAGACUAUCGGACUAUUCCUUUAAUGUUUGUUUUGUUUACUAAAUCUCUGCCCAUGUGGCGUGGAUUCAGGAGCAGGGACUAUGAAAAAUGUGCAAGGACCAGAGGUACUUGUGUUUUUAAUAGUGUUUUUAUAUUGUUUACUUGACUUUUAAAGAGAUUUGUGUUUUGUUUUUUUCUUUACCUGUAAAUAUGUGUUUUUAUUAUUGUUUUGCAAUAAAUUCUAGGAAAAUGUU